GUUUUGCGAUAGAAUGGGUGGGAAAAGAGGCACCUCUAUGGUAUUUAAGUAGUGGCUGGAUCUGAUGAAACUAUAGCAGCUUAAACUUAAUUAUUUAUAGUACCUGUGGGCCAUAUAGUACACGUUUUUUAAGUCAGAGUAGCUGCUUACACGUUCGAUGUUGUGACGCUUCCGAUUUUCCUCAUACUGAAGAUAUUAAUUAUAUUAUUGUCGGACGAAAAAUGGGCGGCAAGGCUUCAAAAGCGGUCGCCUUGGGAGUGCAGUGGACGCGCUUCAAAUGCGAAGUAGAAAGUUUCUUUAAUGACUUUGGUGAGAAGAACCGCAACUACAAGAACAAGCGCCAAGAAGCCCAAAGUUUUUUUAUGAAAGCCAGGACUUUUCAGCACAACAUACAAGCAAGCCACUGGAGAUCGGGUCUGCGUGCUCCCAAAAAGUCCGAACUGUUUCGUGGGGUUUUGCAACAUGUCUUCAAUGACUGCCGUCCCGGGUGGGACUCUCGACCGAGUACUAGGAUUAAUAUGCGGCUGUUUAGUAUUAUUCGGGCCGAGUAGUGAAUGUCGAUGCGUGGGCGAUUUCUGAGUCUGUCAAAAGUGUGUUUCCUCUUUUAUGUCUAUUUCGUCUUUAAUAUCUUCCUCAGGUAUUUGCGAGCCGAUGGGAAAGACGGAGUGGAAGUAUGAGGUGGAUCAACCUGGUCCCCUAUUUCCAGGAGAUGAGCUUACCCUUCCAGAGCACAAAUAUGACCGAUUUAGCAAAACCGUGGCAAGCGAAAAGAAGGACGAUAAAACAGUAGACGAGAAGAUCAUCGUCGACCAGUUAGAUACGACAUACGACAAGGGAAAAGGGGUGGAUGUAUUGGUGAUUUGCGUUUCGUACGUUCGAAUGAUUGACGGGGAGCCCUUUUCGGUCGAUGAGGUAAUCUUUGAGCACCUACGUGGGCGUCGUCGUGAAGAUGGUGUGUGGUUGGAAGGGCAGUGGCGAUGGAGAUCGCCACUCAGCGGAAAAGUUAUGGCAUUUGAGGGAAGCUUUUCGUUUUCAUCUACUUAUGCUACUUUUUCUCUUCCCACCACGUUCAAACCUGCACUUUCUAGGCUCCAGGCUUCGCUGUGGAACGGACAGCUGCGCGGGUACUCAUCAUCAGCAUAGCGGCUUCUAUGAGGCUUCAGCAUUCACAUCCACUGUCCGCCUAGUAGGCUGGUCUGGUGGAGUGCUGCUGGUCUUCGCGCAAAGUGCUAGUGCUCUCUAAGUACGGAAUCGAGCAGACAACGAGCUUGAAAGAGCAGUACGCUGAAAAGGCCAACCCGCCGCACACGCACUCCCCGGAGGAAUUCAAAUUCUAUCCUCGGUACACAGCAGCACAGAGUCCAGCUGCAGUAGACAACGCUGCAGCUGCUAGUCCUCCUGAAAAGGGAGGGGAUUCCGGUCCCGCUGCUGCUACUGUUAAGGUCAGCUUUUGUCCAUCUUUCUCGGCAUCUUGGUACCCUUUUCCCUUGUAUUCUCAUGAAAUACAAGGCGCAAGGGGGCAAGAUGAGGAGGCCGCGAUGGAAUCUAGCAGACGCUAAUACUGGCGCGGCCGCUGAUCCCUGCGAGCGUGCUGGUUCCGGUUCCGAUGCUACUGGAGGUGGAAGCGCCUUCACAGAACUUUCUCCAGUAGAACUAGCUGUAUCCGAGUGGGCUUGGCAUGGUGUUGCAGCCACUGGCUUCAUCUUCACACUAGUGUUAAUUUACUUCUUCCUCUUUCCUCGGUGCGCAGGAGCGGCUGCUGCUGCUGCUCCACCUCCUCGUGCAGGUAGCGCCUUUGCUGAUAGUUCUCUGGAAAACAGUUCAAAAGAUCAUGAUGAGCAGCAUCACAACACGAACUACGGCUCGACAAGCUCGGGGGACAGCCCUUUCUUGUUCAGCGAGCGUGCGGAUGGUGAUCAUCAUAGUAGCAGCGACACUGAGCAUGCGUCCUUCUCGUCUACUGCAGCAAGAAGCAACGAGACCACCGCUGACCACGAUAGCGCAACCCGAGUAUCUGCAGUGAAGAAGCGCACAGGGCACUCCAAGAACCUCAAGAAGGUCGCAGAUGGCAGCAGCAAGGACGAGCUUAGCGUCGAUGAUUUCUCGUUUGACAGAAAUGGCGCCUCUUCUUCAGUAGCAGGCGCAGAGAAUGCAGAAUGCCAGUCAGCAUCCACCACCGGGCAGCGAGCACUUCAGAGUCGAGAGCCGGAGAAGGGUGGUAAGAAGAAGUGUUAAAAGCUCGAUGAGGUGAGAAGUUGGGAUCAUGUUUCUACAUCUUGAUUUCCGUGACUGCGGCUGCGGGUGAAGACAUCAGAUGAAUAUCUAUGCGAGACCGCUGCUCCCCGAAUGUUGUGAUGUCUGGAGCAGGAUCUGCCAUGAUCUUGAAGAAACAAGCAU